GACAUAUUUGUCACGUACACAAACGAAUGUAGGAGACAGGACUGUUUGUAUAUAGAUAGAGAUACAACUUGUAGAAACAAGGAAAUGAAUUUAUUGGAUAAUUGGAUAACAGGUCAGGAUUUUGAACACACACAUAAGGACAUAAAAGAGUUUAUUGCCCAGAAGGGCGUUGAAUUCCUAUCUGAAUUUAUUAGGAAAAAAUCGAAUGAGUGGAAAGAUGCAAAGAUUCAAAUUGGAAUUUUUGGGGAAAGUGGUUCCGGCAAAUCAACAUUUUUGAAUACUUUUCGUGGAUUAAAAAGAGGCGACAAAGGAUUUGCCGACCAAGGCUAUAAAGGUAAUUCAACUAAAAAAGCAACAACAUACACAAUGAAGGACAAUCCCAACAUCACAUUUACGGAUGGUGUUGGUUGCGGAACAAUAAAAUAUGAGAGAGGUUCUGAAUAUAUCAAAUCGCUGGAAAUAGAGAAAUUUGAUUUUGUGCUUUUGAUGUCGAAUAAGAAUUUUUCACAGGAUGAUGCCUGGUUUGCUAAAGAAAUACGUAUUAUGGGAAAGCCGUUAUUUUUCGUAAGAACUAAAUUCGAUGAAAUAUUGAGAAGUGCCAGGGUGGAUGGCAUCAACGGAGAGAACAUUCACGAAGAAAUAGUUACAGUUUGUGCUGAAAAUAUCAAAGACAGCGGAAUUCCAACAAUAAGUACCUUUAUAAUAUCCAAUUAUGAUACGACAGUAGGCGACUUCGACAAGCUAAUGGGUGAAAUAUUUAAGACGCUACCGCAAACCAAAAGGGAGGCAUUACUUUAUUCUUUACCAGCUUUAUCACACCAGGUGAUUAAAGAAAAGAAGUAG